AUGGCUACCACCGCCGGGUAUAUCACCAUGCCCGCCUUGCGAUCACUGCGAUCAAGUCAAGACUAUGCUGGUCAUGUCUCAGACUCCCGUCACAGGAAACCAACCGCAUCAGUAUCGACUUCGAGGACCGACGCUGGAUAUCUUCCAGUGAAGCGACAAACUCGAGCAUCUAUAUCAAGACGUGCAUCGCCUUCUGCGGCGAAUCUGGCGCCACCGGAGAUCUUACUGGAUAUUUUCUCGCUGCUGUCACCGCAUGACUUUGAUAGCGCUCGACACACAUGCUCGCGGUGGAUGCGGGUUAGUUUGAAUGAACAGCUUCUCGAGCGCAUGAUGAAGAGAGCGGGGUGGUGGAAGGCCUGGCUGCAGGAUCGGCGAAGACCGUGUGUAUCGGAUCGGUUGGAUGAAUGCAAUGUUUGGAGAAUGAGUCGGCGAAUUGCUACAGAGUGCCUGUUGUCAGGGCGCAGGAUGAACUCGAAGAAGUCUGGUUUCGUUAAGACUGCUGUCAUUGACUUCUCAGCUCUUUCUGGGGCUGAAAGAAGAUCCCAUCUCACUCGACAUCAGGCGGUUGGACAACUCGGUGACAGCAAAGAGCUGGGAGCUUCUACUUCGACCUUCAGCACGAGCAGCUGCAGCAAUUAUCUGUUAGUGACGAUGGGCUGCAUGAUUUAUAUCUAUCGCCUUCGUGGACGAAAGAUCCGGUCAAAGUCGAGCUUGAACGAUGUCGAUUUGGAUUUGAUAUCGCGUGUGCAAUGUCCAUUUGACGUUGUUUCAGCCGUCGUCGAUACCACCACUUCGCAAAUCACCAUUGCUGCAUUACUGCACAAUCGCGUUGGAAUCAUCAGCAAAGUCCCAGUAUCCUCCAAACCCUCAGAAUCCCAACCAACAGACCCAUCCUCCACCCACCUCUUCUACAACAUCUGCACAGAAGAAAACCCACCCCGAACAGUAGCAAUAUGCCCAGGACAAGACCUGGUAGCUUUCGGCUGUGCCUCCGGCAUCGAAAUCCACAGCGUAUCCAAAUCAAAACGCAACGAUCCCCGAAAACACUUCACAAUCCCUCAACCCUCCGAAAUCCUCCACUUCCUCCCCAGCAGUCCAGACUCCCCAACCGAACUCCGUCUCAUCUCCUCCCUCUCAGGCCCAGGAGGCCUUCACGAAUGCACAUGUCCCCCCACAUCACCAAAACACCAAUUCCACUUCCUUGCAGACGUCCAAUCCUACUCCCGCCGCAGAAUCCCUCACACCCCAUCCCGCAGCUUCGUCCGCGCAACUCACUGUCACCAUUUCCACGCAGUCCCUCUAAACGACGGCUUCCAUAUGACUUUUAUCGACCCACGCUCUAAUCUCCUCUGCAUCGGCUCCGAUGCUCCUAUCGGUGGUCCAACAAGUCUUACCCGUGCAAUUGUCUGCGUCCCCCCUUUCUCAAAUAAUGUCAGAUCUUCCGAGGACCAAAUCAAUCCUCUUCCUACUGUUUUCGCAGCAGCUUCGGAUCUGACGUGGGGUCCCCGUCUCGUCGCGGUUUACGGUGAUCGUCUCGUUCUCUACUCCGUUCCACUGGACGUCUUUGAUCUCGUUCGUCGAGAACGCGAGCGCCAGGUUAAUGGCGUUAUGGGCGAUAGUGAUCUCGCGCGUGACUGGUACGCUGAUGCAGAUCGCUGCGAGGCGGACCUGGAAUCUCUUGAUGUAUUCAGAUCUGUGGCUAUGAUGUGGCCGUUUAAGGUGUAUGGGAAGGAAAUCGGGACUGUUGAUGAUGCCGUUGAGCUUUCUGUGCAGUGCUCGGAAGGCGGGGUGCGGGUUUGGGCUUUUGGACGCAGUGGCAAGGCGGAGGUUUUUGAUAUUGAGACUGGGGAUGGGAGGGUACGGAGUUUUGGGUCGGGUGCUGAUGGGGUUCUGGCGAGGAGGAAUAAUUCUUUGAAGGAAUUGAGGAGGAAGAGGAAGUUUGAAGAUGAUGUUUGUUUUGCUGGGAGGUAUGGGGCUGGGAGGUUGGAUGUUAAGCCUUGUAGGGCUGGGGUGCAUGGGCAGGAUCUUGCUGCUAGACGGUCGUCUUUUGCGGCUUGUAUUAUUGAUUUUAAGAUUCCUGAGUGA